AUGCAGUUCGUUCUAGCAUUGUUAUAUUUCAUCUCCCUAGCACGAGCUGCUAGCAGGACCACCGCCCCAUCUGGGGCAUUAGUAGUUGCCAAAUCCGGUGGGCAGUAUACUAAGAUUCAGGACGCUGUCAAUGCUCUAAGUACCUCGUCGACCGCUGCUCAGGCGAUUUUUGUCAAUCCUGGAACGUAUGACGAACAGGUUUACAUACCUGCGCGUUCAGCCGCUCUCACUAUCUACGGUUACACGGCUGACACUUCUUCCUACGGAUCCAACCAGGUGACCAUCACACAUGGAUUCAGCCAAGCAACAGUUAGCGGAGGAAAUGACAUGACCGCUACCGUGAGAGCUUGGAGCUCAAACUUCAAGAUGUAUAACAUCAACAUGGUCAACUCAUACGGAAAAGGCUCCCAGGCUCUUGCGCUGUCAGCACAAGCAACCAAUCAGGGCUAUUAUGCAUGCCAGUUUAAAGGUUUCCAGGACACCAUCUUGGCCAAUAAGGGAGCUCAAGUAUUUGCCAAAUCCCUGAUAGUGGGCGCCACCGAUUUUAUAUUUGGACAGACGGCUACUGCUUGGUUUGAUCAGUGUGAUAUACGCGUUUUGGCUGCAAGUCUGGGAUACAUCACUGCAAACGGACGGGACUCUUCUUCAAACCCCAGCUACUACCUCUUCAAUCGAUGCACUGUCGCUGCAAUGGACGGCAAUUCUGUUACAAAUGGCGCAUACUAUCUUGGUCGGCCUUGGAGAAAUUAUGCCCGAGUGGUCUUCCAGCGAACUUCAUUAUCGGCCGUGAUUAAUGGCGCAGGGUGGCAUAUCUGGAACACAGGCGAAGCGAACACUGAUCAUGUUACCUUUGGGGAGUAUAGUAACACGGGGGCAGGUGCGAGCGGCACGAGGGCUAGUUUCAGUACGAAAUUGUCAUCACCAGUGAGCAUCAGCACGAUUCUUGGGUCUGGGUGGUCAAGUGCAUCGUACGUUGAUAAUGCCUAUUUGUAUGGAGAUUCAUGA